GAAACCUUGAACAAUGAAGGUUCAGACCUUAUCUUGCUUGCUACUUUGCACUCUUGCACUGGCACUUGCAGCACGGCCUGACGCAGGCGGCCUCGAUGCAGCCACGGUAGCCGUGCAAGAGCUCGACCGCGUCAUGUCGCUGCCGGGGCAGCCGAGCUACUCAUCUGCGUUCAAGCAGUACUCCGGGUAUGUCACGACCGAUGAGUACCUUGGAAAGGCACUGUUCUACUGGUUCUUCGAGGCCACGGACAAGCCUGACGAGAAGCCACUGGUCUUGUGGCUAAAUGGAGGACCUGGCUGUUCUUCUGUUGGAUUUGGACAGGCACAGGAGCUUGGUCCAUACUUGGUGAAGAAAGACUUGCCUGAGCUUGAGCUCAACCCGUAUGCUUGGAAUCAAGCUGCCAAUUUGCUGUUCCUGGACUCUCCAGCAGGUGUUGGAUUUUCCUACACGAACACAUCUUUCGAAAAAGAUCCACCGGGAGAUAAUUCCACAGCGCACGGUUCAUACACUUUCCUCGUCAGGUGGUUCCAGAGGUUCCCCCAACACAAAGCCAAGGAGUUCUACAUCGCUGGAGAGAGCUACGCAGGACAUUACAUUCCCCAGCUCGCAAACGUCAUCGUGGAGGAGAACAAGAAAGCCUCCAAAGAAAAUUACAUAAACUUCAAAGGCAUCCUGAUUGGGAACGCUUACAUGGACGGGGACACUGAUCUGUUGGGGAUAGUCGAUUCAGCAUGGCAUCACGCCAUCAUCUCAGACAAACUCUACAGCACCUUCUACAAGUCCUGCAACUUCAGCUUGGUCGACCUGUCUCCCGAGUGCAACGCGGCCCUCAGUCAAUUCACCGCUCUCUAUGAAAUCAUCGACAUCUACAGCUUGUACACUGAUCGGUGCGAGCUCGGGUACCCGGAUUUCAACACGUCGUUCUCGGCGCAAAUCGGGCGGACCGGCGGCCGUCUCGACUUUCUCAAGAUACCGAUGGGCUAUGACCCGUGCACGCAGACGUAUGCGACUGAAUAUUUCAACCGCAAAGAUGUGCAGAAGGCUCUGCACGCAAAUACCACAGGCGUGCCGCAUCCUUACUCGCUUUGCCGUAAUUCUAUCAGCAACGCAUGGACAGAUUCUGACUUGACUGUCGUUCCAGUGGUCAAGAAGCUGGUGGACGCAGGGCUCCGCAUAUGGAUUUUCAGUGGCGACACAGAUGCAAGAAUCCCUACCACCUCAACAAGGUACACACUGAAGAAGCUUGGCCUGCCCAUCAAAGAGGACUGGUCGCCGUGGUACCAUCACAAGCAGGUUGGUGGCUGGACUGUGGUAUACGAUGGCCUGACAUUUGUCACUGUGAGAGGAGCCGGCCACAUGGUCCCAUCCACCCAGCCUGAGCAAGCUCUCCAGCUCUUCAAGCACUUCCUGGCCAACCAGAACCUGCCCUCCAAGCCGUUCUAGAAAAUGUCACA